CCCGACGGCGGGGAGCAGAGGCAUCAAGGCGGCAGCGUGGGCGCCCCUGGAGACGCUUCCAUGGACGGCUACUUGCGAUCUCAGGGCUUGUACAGAAAGAGGGUUGCCAAGGAUGGAUCUUGUCUCUUCAGGGCUGUGGCUGAGCAGGUGUUACACUCUCAGUCUCGGCAUAUUGAUGUCAGGAUGGCUUGUGUAGAAUAUCUCCGGAAAAAUAGGGAGAAAUUUGAAGCAUUCAUAGAGGGGCCAUUUGAAGAGUAUCUGAAAAGUUUGGAAAAUCCACAGGAAUGGGUUGGACAAGUAGAAAUAAGUGCCCUUUCUCUUAUGUACAAGAAAGAUUUCAUAAUAUACCGGGAACCAAAUGCUUCUCCUUCACGUGUAACUGAAAAUGGCUUUUCUGAGAAGGUAUUGCUGUGCUUCUCAAAUGGAAACCACUAUGAUAUUGUUUAUCCCAUAGAGUAUUCAGAAAAGGCUGCUUUGUGCCAAUCUCUGCUGUACGAGUUGCUUUAUGAGAAAGUAUUUGAUACAGAUGUAAAGAAAAUCAUAGCAGAACUUAGUGCUGUUGGUGUGACAGAGGAGAGUAAUGGUAGCAGUGAAGUAUCUGCUUCAGAUUCAGAAGAUGACAACUACAGAAGUAAAGCUGCAACAGUUAGUGAUAUGAAUGGAUUGAAGUCUGUCUCUGGCAAUAAGCACCUUAAGAACAAUGGGAAUCCCACCUUGUUGGUCUUACCGAAAAAAGUUCUUAAAUCACUCAAUCCAUCAGUUUACAGAAAUGUUGAAUAUGAUGUUUGGCUCCAAUCCAAAUGGGAUCAGCAAAAACAAGAUUUUUCUAUUGCUGCUGGCAUGCAAUACUCAGUUGGAGAUAAAUGUAAAGUGCGCUUAGACCAUAAUGGGAAAUUUUAUAAUGCCCAUAUUCAAGAAGUUUGUUCAGAGAAUGGGCCGGUUGUUGUAUUUGUAGAAGAGCUUGGAGCAAAGCAUGCUGUCUCACUGAAGAGCCUUAAACCUCUUCCGCAGGCCUCUCCUAUGGAGGGCUGGAACACUGUGCCAGGGAAGAAGAUAAAAAAGUUUUUCUCAACAUGGGGGCAGAAUGCUCAGCCUGAUGCAGAUUGCAGAGGGCCAAAGAAUCAGAGCAAGUCAAUAAAACCCCAGUCAGCACUACCUCCUCGACUUCAGCAUACUGUGGGAACCAGGCAGCAUCAGUUCUUAUGUUCUGGACCCCAACCUCAUCAGACCUCAACUGAGCAAAAAGCUCUAGGCAGGAAUCCUUCCCAGACUGUAAGAAAACCAGACCGGGAGAGAACCGAAGAUGUGAACCAUGGCAGCAGAGAUUGUAACUACUUUGGCUUGUCUCCAGAGGAACGCAGGGAGAAGCAGGCUAUAGAAGAGUCUCGUUCACUUUAUGAGAUCCAGCAGAGGGAUGAACAAGCUUUUCCUGCUCUUUCCAAUAAUCAGUCUGUCUGUCAGGCUGCUACACAGACUGUGGAUAACUUAAACCAGAAAAAGUUCUCAAACAAUGAGAGAAGAAACAGCAAGUGGACAGCAGAGGUGGAAGAGCAGAAGGAUAAAGAGUCAAAUUCCAGGCAGAUCCACUUAAGUCAGAAGCUUGAGCCAAAUUCAUCUGAGAAGAAUAGUCAAGAUGAGAGUUAUCCAAAAGCUUCAUCUCCUUUGGAACAAGUCAAAACAGAUUCUCCGAUCCUUGCUGAGCAAGUAAGAAAUGUUUGUUUGAUUUCAAAGUUUUCCAGUCAGGGGACUUCAGACAAAGGGAAGCUUCAUCACAGCCAUAACCUGACAGAAUGCUUACCAAGCAUAACUCCAACACCCUCACCAGUCUUUUCUGAGGUGCAUUUACCUCCAGCAGUGCCUUCUGUACCAGCCAUUGUACCAGCUUGGCCAAGUGAGCCAACAACUUAUGGACCAGCAGGUAUUCCAGCCCAAAUACCUGCUUCUUCAUUGAUGCCAGCCCCAGCAACGGGACCUGACUCUAUUGUAUCACAGGCUCAGGUAACAUCUGCUCCAGUUGCUGGAGUUCCUGUGUCACUACAAGCAGUUAACCAGCCUUUAAUGCCUUUGCCUCAGACGCUGAAUCCUUACCAGGAUCCGCUAUACCCUGGAUUCCCUUUUAGUGAAAAGGGAGAAAGAGCUGUUGCACCCUCUUACUCCCUGUGCAAUACUGGGGAAGACUUACCUAAAGAUAAGAAUAUUCUUAGAUUUUUCUUCAACCUUGGUGUGAAGGCAUACAGUUGUCCCAUGUGGGCGCCCCAUUCUUACUUGUACCCCCUGCACCAGGCCUAUUUAGCUGCUUGUAGAAUGUACCCAAAUGUGUCACUGCCUGUGUAUCCGCACAACCCCUGGUUCCAGGAGGCUCCACUGGCUCAGAAUGAAAACGAAACUGCACGGACAAACAGGCACUUUCCUGUCCAGAGUGAGGCCAGAUCCAAUGGCCAAAUUCCCCCGGGUGACGGUCGAUCUAUGUCGCUGCCUCUGAUUAUACCAACAGCUCCGGUGUCAGAAAGCCAAGGACAGGUCUGCGUGGAAUCGGAGAAUCCGGCGCAAGCUCUUCAUGCAAACUACGAGGAGUCCCUGAGAGGGAAAAACGUGUUCCCCCAGCCACCCUUUGGACACAACCACUUUCUAGGAGCCGUUCCAAUAGCGCCUCCGUUCUUCCCUCACUUUUGGUAUGGGUACCCCAUUCAGGGUUUCAUUGAAAAUUCAGUAGCGAGGCCUAAUGUUGUCAUGUCACCCGAGGACAAAGAGGCAACAGCGGGCACCUCUGUGAACGUAUACGUGGCUAAAGAAUGCAGCCCUCCGGCUCCUGUGGCGAGCUCUGCAGAACAGCUUCAGAAGACCAACGGUGGCUCAAACACUGUAGCACUCCCUGGGGCUGGUGCGAGCAGUGAAUGCAGUGCCCCAAAAGAAACUUCAGCUCGGGCACCUGUGUCGGAACAAAUGGGUCCUUCAGCCUCUCCUGCUAAGCAAAAACCAGCUGGGCAGCAAACUCGCUCUCUGCAAAUGCAGGGGACCGAGAGGCAGACGGCGGCGCCCAACACUCCGCUGCUGUCGGCGGAACCACUGAAAAAUGAACUGAGAAAUAGCGUUCCUGGUCGUAAGGAGAAGCCUGAGAAAGGCCGAGAUUGUAAGGCUGCUGGCAAUGUGCAGAUAGAAAGCCGGGCCCAGAGAACCAGGGAGGAGAGCUCUGAAGACGAGAGCGAAGUUUCCGAUAUGCUGCGAAGUGGUAGAUCCAAGCAGUUUUAUAACCAGACUUAUGGAGGAGGCAGGAGGCCUCGACUCGAGUGGGGUUACUCCAGCAGGGGAGGAGGGUACCAGUUCCAAAGGAACGAGGAGGCCUGGAAGGGAGCGCCCAGCAGAGCCAGAGACGACGGCUACCAGUAUCAGCGGAACUUCAGAGGGAGGCCCUACAGGAAUGACAGGAGGAGGGCAGCACUGGGAGAGAAUCAGAGGGGGCAUCAAGCGUAGAAUGAAUGGAUAAUUGAACAUUUCAAAACACAAAAAGUAAUUUUGAAGUAGCAGUUUAAAAUCUUUCUUUUGAGUAAAGUUCAAGGAUACUUUCAACUUUUGGCGAGUGAAGACUAGGAAGAUGUGAACUCCUACCGUUUGGUUUUUUUUUGGGAUUAUAGUUUGUUUGGCUUAGCAUUUUUUCCUCAAUGUCAAAUUAGAAAAAAACAACAUAGGUUUAGUGUUUGAUAAUUCCCA